AUGAAGCAGGACAGCAAACACCCCCUUCACUCAAAUGACGCGCACAGCCAUAGCUCGUCCUCACGCCAACUCGAUGCGGGCCCGUCCACCACCGCCAAAGUCGCCACUUCUGCAUCCUCUACCAGCCUCGAUUCUGAGACCCAGCGCCGACUAUCACCAAUGCUCGACUUCUUGCGGAAGAAACGGAACGCGCGCAACUCCGGCGACAACGAUGUUCGUACGGCUUUGAAGGAUAAACACAAGAUCGACCCGACCGACGGGAAGACCAGGGCUUGCGACCGCACGCGCACAUUUGAUACUUUUGUCGACGGGGAGCAGCUGGGCGAAGCUACGCAAGAGAAGCGGGCCGGGCACUCGUGGGAGCUGUUCAGGGCGUUGGCGAAGCUGAAGAAGGUCUUCAGGAAGGGUGAUGCGAAGGGGAAAGUCAGUGGGAGCGCGAAAGCAGACAACGCACCGGCGAGGGGCGACGGCAAGCCGGCGAGCGCGUAAUGGGACAGCCUUCGGAGGAAUUUGUCUCACAGGAGGAUGACUCGAUGCUCUGUUUCUCUUGGAUACUGGUUCGCACCUGCGUUUGGAUAGGUUAUCUUUAUAUCUCCCCGCGGGGUAGGGGUAUCGGAAAUGCAUGAUCGACUCCUGCAAGGGGUUUCGCUAUCUUGAUAGCGGCUUGAACAGGCUAUGUGAAUAUCACUCUUGAGCUGGUCGCCCCGCGUCUUAUCGUAAGGUCACCUGGUAUAGUGGUCUUAGCAUAGGAAGGCAAUGCAUCUGCAUCUAUAAACCCUCAACUGCACUAUACG